UUCAAAAUGGCGGAAACAGCGGAGUCAUCUAAGGAAGGCAGCGUCGAUGGUGAAGUUGCCAUGACCCAGCGUGACUUUGAACCGGCAGCGGGACAAGACGUUGACGACGAAGCCACAAUCGAAGAAGAAAAACUUGAAGCAGGAGAAGGAUUCAAUCAAGACGAGCUUGAUGAUCUACAGAAGGAUGCUGAAGUACCAAUUGAAGAUUUAUUAGCGCUCUAUUACAACUCUGAUAAUAAUCGUAACGAAGAAUAUGAUGGUGGUGAUAUACCAUUAGAUGAAAUACAACCAGAACCGCUACCACCAUUUGAAGACCAUAACGAGGACAUGCAGCAGAAUGGUGUAGAUGUAUCUCCAAGACAAUCUCCCAUACCACCCCAAGAUUCUCCCCAGUCCCGCUCUGCCUCCCCAUCUCAAAGUUCCAUUGUCAACCCCCCUGAAAAUCAACGGAUCACCAGAGGGUUAGCGGCAGCCUACCAAUAUUUUCCCGACUCUGAUUCCUCGUCCUCAGAUGAAGAUUAUUCUCCUGCUGAAGACUGGAAGAAGGAAAUUCAUAUUGGGCCCGAACAUCAAGCUGAGGUUCCUGACACGACAUGCCCUGAUGGCGAAGAAGAUGAAAAACAUGAAAGUAAAUGUUUAUGGAGCCCCAAGGGAAUAAAUGAAAUAAAAUUACAAAAGUACGUCGACACAGUCUGUGCAACAAGUUGGGAGGGUGGAACAUCUUGCGUGAUGAGCAAAGGAGAUGACGAACAGGCACUUUAUGUUUUAUUGCAAUGUAAUUAUAAUUGUGAUGAGGCAAUUAAGAAAUUCACAUCUCAGCCACCUCCAUCUCAAGAAAUGACUUUUUGGUCUGAAGAGGAAUGCCGAAAUUUUGAAUUAGGAUUAAGGCAAUUCGGAAAGGAUUUCUAUUCGAUCCAACAAUCAAAGAUUCCUGACAGAACUGUUGGUGACAUAGUUCAAUUUUAUUAUUUGUGGAAGAAAACCGAAAGACACGAUGCCUUUUCUUGGCAGAUUCGAAGUAAAAAGAAAUAUUCUUUUCAUCCGGGAAUUACCGAUUAUAUGGAUAGAUUUUUGGACGAAAAUGAAAGUGCUGCUUCGAGCCGAGCAGGUAGCCCUGGUCGUGCUCAUAUCGUACAGUCAAACCCUGCUUCAGACGAUUCUUACGCAAUACAAUCAACCUCGGAAAAUACAGUAUUAAACAGAGCUCCAUCAGCUGAUAGCCACUAUUCCGGUGCUGUUCCUCUCCUUCGUGUGCCACAAUCCUAUGUCCCCACACCUGUGAUUGUCAGCAAUGAUAAGGAACCACCAGCGAAAAAAACAAAAAUCGGAAAUACUGAAUCGUUGAUAAUGAUAAAUGGUCCUCCUCCUUUGAGACCACGUGAUAAUACUACCCUGCAGAUACCACACAUCGCAAGUCAUGCAACAAAUCAUGUCACUAUGACAACAGAUCACUCAACAAACCACAUGACGAAUCACGUGAUGCACUCCAGUCAGCUAACUACGGGAAUGAGUCCACCUGCUCCAACAAGCUUACCUAAUACUGGUCUUCCGUUUUCAUCAAUAAAUACUCAACAUCAUAUGAAUAUGCACAAUAUUGACGCUGGGAAGACGUACGCACGACUGACUCAGAAUAGCUAGCUCGUGCUUCUUAAUAUUCACUCAAUCGAUCUUCUCUUUGGCUGGUUCAAAGUGAUCAUGGCAGGCACCAUUAGGGACAAUCCCAUAAAUGAGCUUCUAGCAAAGUUUACUGGUUAGAUGUAGUAAAUUAUUAAGUCCCUGAUUUAGAAUGACUAAAAAGUAAAACCCGGGAAUUUUUAUGUUUUCAUACAUCUGAUAAGUGUAAAUUAACAUGAAACUCUCGAGGUGAGGAACACACGUUUACCCGCUAUUUCAUCCAUUAUGAUGGCGAUUUUAUAGCGUUUUGCUGUUUGCAAAUGGCAUAUUUUAUUGUUGGAGUUGUAUAUUAGAGUUAUCCAGGUCGUAAUAUGUGUUUAUAUAUAGCUUAUGGCAUACAGUAUUGUAGUGAUAGUUGUUUAGGGAAACAUAACCUUUAUACUGACUCUUAUUCUAAUCGAAAUGGUUUACCUGUUUAUAGAAAUAACGCCCCGGGACACUUUUUAUAUUCUUCAGUUUUUCUAUCGCAUUAUAGACCUUACUGGUUAUUCACUUUUUACGGAAUAGCCUAUGUGUCAAGCACUCACUCGCGUCUAGUAUUGGUGCAAAUUACUUUAUUUUGAAGGCUUAGGAAUUCGUUAGGAAUUCGUUAAGAAACGCAUGGAAAAUCCAUGUGGGGCAAUCGGGUAAAAGAGAACAAUUAGUAAGGUCUAUUGCUAAAAUUCUCUUCCUAAAUUAGUUUUGAGAGAAGUGUUUCGACUCGAGCUUGUAAAAAAUGAGGUACUGUAUUUUUGACUCAAGAUUCACCAUAGUGAUGGAAGAGAAUAGAUCUGACACUUCAGUUAGGUUAUUAUUAUAAUGGUUAUCAAUGCAUCCAUGGUGACUGACUGAACCUUGUGUACUGUAUUUGUGUGGCAAUUUUCCUAGUCAAACACGAAAUUAUCAAACCAGUUAUAUUAACAGUACUCGUCACACAAAAAGUAAAAAACAAUAUUGAAUAUUUUUAUCAUGCCUCAUGGUAAAGCAUGAAUUUGCAAUAUAAUUUGAUAUAUCGGCCUUAUUUAAUGAGAUAUUAAGAUGGAUGUUUUGUUGUGAAUUUGUAAUAUAUACAACGUAAGUAGUGUAGUGUAGUCAUGUGGCUGUUUAAUAUCUAAACAUUAUACAGACUAUUUAUUAAAGAAUUUUAGUUAUUUGAAAAAGCCAGCAGAUAUUCCAUGUUUUCAACUUCACUCGUGAUCUCUUUCUCUUCAGAAUUUUUUUUUCGGUGAAACACCAAUCUGUAGCAAUCAUUUCCUCUGUAUUCUCAAAAUAUAAAAACAGUUGCUACUUGCAAUUGGAGGUAUGCCGAUAUUCUGGUUUUCUAUGUUUAUUUACUCUCAGUAAAACGUUAGCUAUUGAAUGAAAUUGAAAGCAUGGAAUUGUUUGUUUGGCUACCAAAAAGUGGUCUUAUAGAUGUAACACGUCAAAAUAC